AUGUCACAAUCAGAACCACAAAUUCCAAAACUUGGUAGUGAAUUCUCGACAGUAGAGAAAUUCAAAGAAGCUGCUCAGCAAGGUAUUAAGGCAGCAGGCUUUGCUUUCAGUGUAUCGUUAUCAAAAAUAUCACAUGUUGAGAAAGAUGGUCAUGCUCCCUUUGUUACCCUACAAUGUGUAAUGGGAGAAAAAUACAGAAACAACUAUGAAAUUACUGAAGAAACUAGAAAAAAAGUUUACAAAAUGUCAAAACUGCCCUUGCAUUGGAAAGAUGUAAUUGCGUAUACAAAGGAUAUUAUAAAUGAGUGUGAUAGAAUUAAAAAUGCUUUAAAUAAAGGCUCUAAUUAUGAUACUACUAUGAGGCUUUUAAAAAUGUUAGAAGAACAUCAGUAUAUAAUUCGGCACCAAUUAGCAAAAGAUGAAUCUAUGCAAAACUUAUUCUUUACGCACAUUGAGGCAGCACGUCAACUUUUUGAUUCUAACGAAAACUAUAAUGAAUUUCUAUUAUCUGUUCAAAAAGUUGCUUAUUCUGGAGAGAUGAAUGAAGUUAAAAAGGCAUUUGAUGAGGUUAAAAAAACAUCAGCUAAAACUGAAGGAAGCCAUAGCAGAUUGAAAAAAGCAAUAGAGGCAGCAAGUGGUUUAGAGCAGUCAAUUGAUAUAGCUGUUAGUAAGGCUUUAUACAAACUUGAAGAAAAAUACGAAACCUUAAGUGACAGUGGAUCCAAAGCUACACUUUUACAAAAAAUUGAAGCUCUAGCUAUUGAAGAGAAUAUAAUUCCAAAGGCACCAUUACAGGUUAUAUCUAAAGGGCGACCAAUAUCUACUAAACGUGAUCUUUUUUUAAGUGAAUGUCAAGAUAAAAUUGCAGCAACAAAAGAAAAAAAUACAAAGGUGUCAAUGUCAAAACUUAUAAAAUAUUCACAAAUACAACAAUUUUUAUAUCACGACCAAAUACCUGUUUAUAUGCACAAAUUUAUAAAAGAGGUGAUCGAUGUAGAUAAAGAUGGUAAUUACGGAUAUAGAGCACUGGCAGUAAGUUUAGAAAGAAAUGAAAAUGAAUGGUUAGAGGUAAGAAAAGAAUUGAAAAAUGAAUUAAAUGAAAGGGAACAAUUUUACCAGUCAUUAUUUUUAGCUAAUGACGACUAUGAAAUAAUUAAAAAAGAGAUUUCUUGGUUAGAUGGCUCUUUAAAUCUUACAUUUCUUUCAUAUCACCAACCAUUAAACCAAAAUAGAGCUCUUGCAAUUGGUUUUGUUAAUAAUAAUCAUUAUGUAGCAAUUGUUUUAAAACCUGGUGCUCCUAUACCUCCAAUUGUUAAUCGAUGGUUACAAUUCACUACUUCAGCAGCAUCACGAUAG